AUGCCCCAACCUCACUUCAAAGAAACACAUAACGUGCAAUCCUAUGCGAAGUUCUAUCAAGAAAAUGAGCGUAGACAGACACAACGCGAAGAAAAGAAGCGUCAACACAAGCGUAAGGAGCAGCGAAAGCAACAGCAAACAUCAACACUGCAAUCAACAGCGCUGGCAACGUCACUCGAGCGAGAUACAGUGGCCUCAAUUGUGAAAGAGAGUCUGGCCUCAAGCCACAAGUCGGAUGCUUCUCCCGACUUGUCUCUUAGUAUCGACGAACCGGAUCCCAAUCUGAAUGGGACUUUUGAGACAGUCGAGUCAUACACUGGCCAUAUGGGUGAUCUCGCACAUGCAACCCAGCCUCUUUUCUCGAUCCCCGAGAUCGAUGGGUCUACAGCGGAAACCGCCAAAUACACCACACCUGAUGGAAUCCAGUCUUCGGAACACUGGUCGCCUUGUGCCUCUGUACACCCCCAGCCUCCCACAGGAUUGGCCUCACAGGAAGUCGCAAUUGCCUUUCAACAAGACAAGCAGCCCCUCGCUCCCGAUCCAGUUAGGUUUUCAACCGGGCAACUCCGCCUAGCACGUUGUGUUCCAGAUGACGUGAACGAAUACAUUACCCAAGACAAGGAGAGGAGCGAGAACGGCGAUACCUGCGAAAGCAGUGAUGACGAUGGCUCAGCCAACGACAACCACGGGAGCUCUGAUGAUGACGACCCCGAUUCUGAGAGUUUUUCUCCGGACAGGGCGGUUCGAGGACCUCAAAUUACGGAUCAACACUGGCCGGGGACUUUCUCAACAAGCAAUUCGGCCGCGCCCGACCCCGCGAAGAGCCUAGUAUACGCAACAAGUUCUGUUUCCAAUUCCUCUUGCGUUGAUGUCGCCGCUUCACUGAACGUAGCGGAAGACUGUCAGCCAGACAUUUUUGCGCUUCCUACUCCAUCCUCAGAUGAUGCCUCCGUCUCACAGCAAGGUGGUGAUGCCGUCACCAGUAGGAGAAAACGAGGUCACGAGGCAAGCGAAGAUGGGCUUGAGAGCGAAGGUCUUUGCCUUCCUAAACGAAAGAGAUCACGAAAUCCCACUAAGGCAACUGCAACAAAGACUCUUACAGCGAGGACUUUGCGCGCACUCCCUUCUCGAGUCUUGGCAGAGAAGCCAGGCAGUAGGGGUGUCCCAGCCCAAUUCGAAAGACAUAUCCGGCGCUCCUCAAGAUCAAAGCCAUGGUCUCACGGCUCUAGCCCCAUGAGUUGUCAUGAUGUUCAGUCGCACAUUGAUAGGCUUCCCUCGUUAGACGUGGACAGUACCUCAAAUAGAGGGAAGCGGACGAGCACACGGCGGGGACGACCGCAAAUUAUGCCUGAGAUAAUUUUGCCGGGUUCAUCUCAUUCCAACCAUUCUUCAGGAAAACCUAGUCAUCAGAAGAAUGGACAAGCUUGCCUUCCUCCUGCCGCCCCCACAGUGACUUCAUCCUCAGUCACAUGUCACACCUGUGGCUUCUCUGCAGAGCAUUUGCUACAGAUGAGCGAUAUUGUCGAGGCUCUCACUCGAAGUGGGGCUGAGCUAUCUGGCAAUGCAAGGGGAUUAGGCAUACAUCAGAUGUUCCACGGGUAUGUCAGAGAUUAUGCUUCGAAGAGGCUCCCACACAGCGCAAUCAUCACGGGAAGCAGCGACCCCUUAAAUGGAGCAAAACAAAAACAGACAUGGGAAGCAACUGUCGGGCUACCAAACUCGGAGAUAUUUCAAGAUGACGAAAGCUCAGAUGAAAACUCUGAAGACAGCCACAGCGAAAGCGCAGAUGUAAAUUCCGAUCAAGGUGACAACCCUGAUGUUCCUGAGCAAAAGGGCAAGAGACAUAAGCGUUUUCGUUGGACGACUUUGGACGAAUUACGUCUGCGCGCAUGGGUUCAAGAGGAAAAGGAUUGGUCGUGGAUUGCUGGUAAAUUGCAGCGAAGCGAGCAGGCUGUCAUCCAGCACUGGGCGAUUAUGGUUAAGCAGGGCAAGACGGGAAGCAACAGCAACCCAGAAACUGUAAACUCUAGCUUUUCGUCGACCUUGGUGGACGAUGGUCUUCCAACUAUCAAAGUUGAAGAUGGCAUCCAACUGCCCAUCAUGAACAACAUCCAGACACCAGAAUUCUACCUUCAGGCAUGCCUUGCGCUAGGCCACCAGCCUCACCACUUCAUCCACAAUCAACCGAGAUGGUGGUGGCUGCUGCUGAGAGGCCUCAACUUCAACCGACCAGGUCGACCUCUUGUAGCUGGCGGACGGAUUCCGCAGCGAACCAAACCAAUAGUCUUCAUCGUGGGCCUCAAGGCCCUGCUUCACGAAUCGGAUAUACCUCAUCCGGAGCAGAUCAUCGACGUUCAGGAUACUCUCAAAGACAUCCUGGCCCAAAGCAAAAUAGGGCAACCAAGCAUGUACCAAGCAGAGUAUCUCGAGUACUUCAACGCACCAACACUGCUGAUGUGGGAGCAAGAGGUGAUGGACUCGAUUCCUUGGUUGUGGCUUUGGAAGGGUUGA